ACUCUGUGAAUAGAAACAUCGUAAGCUAUAUGUGAUGUUUAGGAUUAUUAAACAGAUGUUAUAGAAUAAAAUAGUAGCAACUCUGGGUCUUCUAAAUUCUCGGUAUAAUCAACGUAAAACUUUUGGAACGAUGCUUGGAAGAAAUAUCUAGAGAUAUCUUUGAGAACUCAAUGCAGAACUUCGAAGCAUUUCCUGGAAUGAAUCCCUGAAAUAUACCAAAAAGAUCCUGAGGAAAAUAUGAUGGUAAUUAAAAAGAAGUAUCUUUCGAAGAGCCCUUAUUAAUUUUGAUUUGGAGAAACCUUCUGACAAAAUAUUUUUGUCAUUAGAUUUGUCAUUAGAUUCAUUUUGAACUGUUUAUGCACAAUUGGAGUAAUUUCUGAUCAGAUUAUUGACAGAAACCUUAUGUUUUUGGUGAACUCCAAGGAUUCUUGAAUAAGCCUAUCGUGUUGCAAUUAUACGAUGAAUAAUAAUGCAGUUGACAUUUAUAAAAAUCACACGUUAGUUUUUGUUGUAAAACAGUUGAUCUCAAAAAAUUUGCAACGGAUUUGGGGUCACACAAAAAAAAAUGUUAUUGGUCGAAGUGAACACACGCAGAAUAUUUUCUAAUAUGAUUGAUAGCCAACAUUUAAUUAUUCAAUGUACGAAAUACAGACAGACCAACUUCAUCGAUUGGCUUCAAUAUUGAGGGCCAAUUAUUUAUUUCGAAAUCAAACACGAAACCGAUACUCAAAGUUGCCUUCACAGUAUCGUAUCGGACGGUAGUAAUAGCAAGCAAUUUUGAAAUAAUCCCCCCCUCAGAAGUAUGAUUGCAGAAACAAACAAACAAACCAAUUCGCCACGUGAUUCCUAUUGGAGGUGAUGGUUAUCUACUGCAUAGGAUCGUAGCAUAGAAGUGCGACUGCAACGAAAGUGGCGGUUCCGGGAAAGCCUAAUCACUGCCGCAGGGUGCAAGCGCUAUGCAGUAUGUAGGAAUAUGGCAAUUUCCAAAUGUUCGAAAUUGAGCUUUUCCGAAAAACGCGAGUGUAGUUAACGGUGUUUCGCUGUGAAGCGAAGCGAGGCUUUCGAAAUACGAAGCCCAUUUGUGCUGCCAAUCAAAUUCUAAUCAAAACCAUGAAAGCAACUGGAUAUCGCGUACCGUUGUGUAGAUUUAUUGCCUUACAAGGGUUUUUGUAUUGCAACCCGUUUGGUAGAUUGGUGGCGAAGAAUAACCUGUUGCCGCGUUCACUUGUGCAUUCGAAUCGAGAACGAACUUAUGGUUCUGUGGAGCUAUGUUUUAUCGGAACAUAAAAUAGUAUUUGACAUCCAGAAGAUUAACCCCUCGGCAUCGAAUGUUUGACUAUUUAAAGAAGUUCGAAGCCUGUGGAAGAGUUUAGUUAGUGGGAGCUAAUCGUUGGCAAUUAGUGGCUCGAAAUGGAUAUCGUCGCGGCUCUAGUGUUAUUGACAAUUGGCAUUUGGAUGCCAACGUCGAUCAACGGACAGUGUUUUUAUUCGUUGGAUAUGAAAUUUGGAUCGGAUUACUACUUUACAUCUCCGUCAUAUCCUUCGUUGUACUCUCCCAGCACGGAUUGCAUGUACGAAGUCAAAGCACCGUAUGGCUAUCGAAUCAACCUUACAUGUGAAGAUUUCCGGAUUCCUAGUAAAAGACCACAUGCGCCACCAAAACCACUUUUUCAGCAUAAACCUGUUCAAAGCACUUCCUGCAAGCUAGACACAUUCUACGUUUCGUUAACUGGCCGGGAAGAUCUCCGAGAUGCCUAUACCUACUGCGGAGCAGGCGUCAUCCGGGAAAAAUCCGUUGGCAAUAGCCUUUACAUGAGAAUCCAGGCCGCACCGACCAGUCGAGGAGGUCGCUUCCUUUGCACGAUGUCAAUCAUCCCCGAGAGUUGUUCCUGUGGAAAGAAGAAACAAACACGCAUUGUGAAUGGCGUUCAGACAAAGGUUAACGAAUUUCCCAUGAUGGCAGCCCUGGUAGAUAUUAAAUCGCGAACGGUCGUGUGUGGUGCUACCAUCAUUUCCAACUAUCACGCCCUAUCAGCAGCCCAUUGCUUGCUAUUGAGGACAGUUGAUGACACCGCACUGUUGGUUGGCGAUCACAAUCUAACCACCGGGUCCGAUACGAGUUACGCCCAGGCCUACGUCAUAGCUCAAUUUUUGUCCCACCCCGGGUUUACAACGAAGCCCGUAUCGAAUGACAUUGCGCUGAUCCGGACGUAUCAGACGAUGCAGUUCAAUGAAGGCGUUAGUCCCGUUUGUUUGCCGUGGAAAUAUCGCAGCGAAAGCUUUGUUGGCGCAACAGUGGAAGCCUGCGGCUGGGGUGAUUUGGACUUUGGUGGACCGAAGUCGGACGUUCUCAACAAGGUGAACCUUACCGUUAUCAGCAAUCAAGAGUGUUCUACUCGGCUCAACUCGACCAUCACGCGCCAGAAGAUGUGCACCUACACACCGUCGAAGGACACAUGCCAGUCCGAUUCCGGGGGACCGCUUUUCUACACCGAUCCCCACAACCGCUUAGUGUACGAGGUUGGCAUUGUGAGCUAUGGGUUCGCCUGUGCAACGUCAAAUCCCAGUGUUAACACCAGAAUGACUGAUUUUUUAGACUGGAUUACGGCCAACAGUCCCUAUACAUUCUACUGUUUCCAGUAGGACGCGAAAUUCGGUAAAAAGCUGUUGGCGCUGUUGCGUUGCUGGAGCUAAAAAAAUAAGGAAAGGCAGCGCGCAAAAAAGGUCAACCGUGGAUGAUUUUGGGUCAUAUUUUUCCCGAAGCAGUAGUCCGAGGAUUACCACGUGAGCCGGGUGCCGAGCGAGAUUGUAUGAAUUAUGAACGAACAACGUAGAAAUAAAAUAUUGGCUGCUAAA